AUGGCCGCGCCGCUCCGGCUCAGCGCCAUUGCCGGCAGCCCGCACCUGCGCAUGAUGGCGUCGGGCGCUCGCGCCUUCUCCGCCGCGUACAUCAAGGGCACGGUCAACGACCCCACGACGUACCCGCCGCCGUCUGCCGCGCACGGCUCGUACCACUGGGCCUUUGAGCGUGGCCUCUCCGUCGCGCUGCUGCCGCUCAUCGCCGCCGGCGCCGUCAAGCACGGCGCGUCGGGCGUGCUCGACGGCGUCCUGGCGCUCUCGCUCGUCGUGCACUCGCACAUCGGCUUCGACUGCAUCAUCGCAGACUACCUGCACAAGCGCAAGUUCCCCGUCAUUGGCCCCGCGACGAGCUGGACGCUGCGCGCUGCUACCGUUGCGUCGCUCGUUGGCCUGUACGAGUUCAACACCAACGACAUCGGCCUGACGGAGCUGAUCGCGCGCGUGUGGACCGCCUGA